CAACACUCCUUUUCACCUCACCGUCCACACACUGCUUUGUGACCGCACAUUGACCCAACAUGAGUUCUCCUCUCCGACCGAACAUGUCUUCCGCAAAUCGAGGGCCGCAGCCCGGCAGCAGGAGUAACAAGCGCGCCAGAGAUGACGAUGACCUCCCUUCCUCUGCGGCGCAUCCGCCAUCGAGCCCAAUGGCUUCGUCUCCGCCUUUGAUUCCCCAAGACGACGACUUGCUUGACGAUGACGACAUGAUGCGUGACGUUGACGAUUUGGAAGAAGAUGUCGAAGAAGCUGAAGGAAUCGACCUGUUUGCCGACGACUUCGAGCGAGACUACCGGGCACGAGAGAACGAUGCCUACGAAGGUGCCGACAUCGAUGACCAAGAAUACGAGGAGCUAGACCUGGCGGCGAGGCGAGAUCUCGAACGACGCCUGAAUGCCCGAGACCGCGAAGCCAGGCGCCAGUUACCACCUGCUUUUUUGCCUGGCGAAGACGAGGAGGGUGGGUUGGCCGAUCUCAUUGCGCGGCGGCCUCGACGACGAAGAGGAUACGAUGAGGAACAAGAUGAGGACAUGGACGAAGACAUCAUGAACCAGGAGCUGUCCCUUGAAGCGCUCUCGGACGUGAAAGCCAACACAUUGACCGACUGGGUUGCUCAGCCAGCAGUUGCGAGGACGAUUGCACGCGAAUUCAAGUCUUUCUUGAUGGAAUACGUCGAUGAGCACGGCAUUUCGGUCUACGGAAACCGCAUUCGGACGCUAGGUGAAGUGAACGCUGAGUCGCUAGAGGUCUCUUUUGAUCACCUCUCGGAGUCGAAAGCUACUCUGGCAUACAUGCUCGCCAACACGCCGACCGAAAUCCUGAAGAUCUUCGAUCAAGUAGCCAUGGAGGUUGUGCUCCUGCAGUAUCCGGACUACGAACGUAUCCACUCUGAGAUCCACGUCCGAGUGUCAGAUGUACCCGUCCAGUACACUCUUCGCCAGCUCCGUCAGUCCCAUCUGAACUGCUUGGUCCGCGUCAGCGGAGUUGUCACUCGCCGCAGCGGCGUCUUCCCGCAGCUUAAGUACGUCAAGUUCGACUGCGCCAAAUGCGGUGUUACUCUAGGCCCCUUCCACCAGGACGCGAACGUGGAGGUAAAGAUAUCCUUCUGCCAAAACUGCCAGUCUCGUGGUCCGUUCACUGUGAACUCGGAGAGGACAGUGUACCGCAACUACCAGAAGCUCACCCUCCAAGAGUCUCCUGGGACCGUGCCCGCAGGUCGUCUGCCGCGUCACCGCGAAGUCAUUCUUCUUUGGGAUCUGAUCGAUUCAGCUAAGCCUGGAGAGGAGGUUGAAGUGACGGGCAUCUACCGCAACAACUACGACGCUGCUCUAAACAACAAGAACGGCUUCCCAGUUUUUGCUACGAUCAUCGAGGCCAACUACGUCGUCAAAUCUCACGACCAGCUUGCAGGUUUCCGCCUUACCGAAGAAGACGAGCUGGCCAUUCGCAACCUCUCCAAGGACCCCAAGAUCGUCGACAAGAUCAUUAAUUCUAUCGCGCCAAGCAUCUACGGCCACACGGAUAUCAAGACAGCUGUUGCUCUUUCGCUCUUUGGCGGUGUAAGCAAGGAGGCUUCAGGACGUCACGCAAUCCGUGGUGAUAUCAACGUACUUUUACUUGGUGAUCCCGGUACGGCGAAGUCUCAGAUCCUAAAGUAUGUUGAGAAGACCGCGCACCGAGCCGUUUUCGCCACCGGUCAGGGUGCGUCUGCCGUAGGUCUCACUGCUUCGGUCCGCCGUGACCCAAUGACCAGUGAAUGGACCCUGGAGGGCGGGGCGCUUGUGCUUGCUGAUAAAGGCACUUGCUUGAUUGAUGAGUUCGACAAAAUGAACGACCAGGAUCGGACAUCCAUUCACGAAGCUAUGGAGCAGCAGACGAUUUCCAUCUCCAAGGCCGGUAUUGUCACUACACUUCAGGCGCGAUGUGCCAUCGUUGCAGCCGCCAAUCCGAUUGGUGGACGGUAUAACUCGACGAUCCCCUUCUCUCAGAAUGUCGAACUCACAGAGCCCAUUCUGUCUCGUUUCGACAUCCUCUGCGUUGUACGCGACACCGUGGAUCCGAGCGAGGACGAGCGUUUGGCCAAAUUCGUCGUGAACUCGCACGGCCGCGCCCAUCCACUUGUUAACUCUGCGUACUACUAUCCAGAGAAGAAGGAUGGAAAGAAUGGGCAGAAUCAGGAGAGUAUGGAAGUCGACGGUCACGGCGAGCCAACCAAGGAAGGAGAGAUUCCGCAAGAGUUGCUGAGGAAGUAUAUCCUGUACGCGAGGGAGAAGUGUAGGCCCAAGCUGUACCAGAUCGACCAGGAUAAGGUAGCGCGUCUAUUUGCGGACAUGAGGAGAGAGUCUCUAGCGACUGGCGCUUAUCCCAUCACUGUCCGUCAUCUUGAAGCCAUCUUGCGUAUGUCUGAAGCUUUCUGUAAGAUGCGCCUGUCGGAGUACUGCUCCGCGCAGGAUAUCGACCGUGCCAUCGCUGUCGCUGUUGACUCGUUUGUUGCCUCGCAGAAGGUUAGCUGCAAGAAGGCGCUGGCGAGGGCUUUUGCCAAAUACACGCUCAAUAGGCCUGGUGCCGUUCGUGGUCCUGCGAGGACAGGUCGACAAGGUCAGAGGGUGGCAGCGUAGACCGUGUAGAUACGUGCACGCGGGAAUGAUGGGAUGAGCUAGACGGCUAUGGUGUUCACGGUGUCGGCGGACUGGGAAAGGCUUUCAAGUGCGGAGUGGAAAUAUCAUGGUGCACAGCAUAGUUGGAGUCGCGACAUGGUCAUUGAUCGUUUAGACAGAUAGUGGCUUUCUGGAAUUCGUGUAUUAGCAGGCUUCAUUGAUUGUUCCGAAUAAGAAUAAUUUGUC